GUACGCUUUUUGACAUAUAGUUCGUCGAGUCGAUUUUCCUUAUCUCCACAAACUCUUUUGUUUAUCUUGUUAUUUCAGGUGUCUUCCAUCUCCUGCCCACCUUUGGCCAUGGAGACACCAAAUCCAGAAUCAAGCCCAUCACCUGAAGCUGACAAAGACUCGGAGAUGAAACCUGAUCAGGCCAACAGUGUUGAUAUAGACCCAGCUAUUAAAGAGCUGUGCUUCACAGAUGACAUUGAGGCACUCUACAAAAAACUAUCUGUUGAUGAGGAGCGCCUGGAAUCAGAGAUGGAGUCGCUGCUUGAGCAGCGCUGCCACCUGGGUGCCAAAAUGGCCGGCCUCCAGAAGAUGGCACCCAGCCUACAGUUUGUACAUGCUGAUGCUGACCAGCUGAGCAAGAUGAUCUCCUUCACCACCACCUUGGCCAUCAAUGUGUCAGCAAAAGUGCGCCAGCUCGACAGGGCUAAGACUCGAGUGGCAUCCGCGCAGCAGCGCGUCAACGACCUGCUGGACCUGAAGCUGUGCGCCGAGGGCGUGCAGACGGCGCUCCAGGCUGAGAACUUCGAGCAGGCGGCCGCGCACGUGCACCGCUUCCUGGCCAUCGACGAGUCGGUGGUGCGGCUGUCGGAGGCCGGCCGGGCCGGUGACAACUUGAGCUCGGCGUUCGCGCUGCUGCACCGGGCCGAGGCGGAGCUGCACGCGGCCGUCGAGGCGCGCUUCGCCGAGGCGGUGCGCGCCGACGACCUGGCGUCGAUCGAGCGCUUUUUCAAGAUUUUCCCGCUGCUGAACCGGCACGACGAGGGAGUGAAGAAGUUCGCUGAGUAUCUCUGCAGUAAGCUGGAGGUGUCCGCCGCCAAGAACCUGAAGGAGGCGGAGCGGACGAGCUCGAGUGACGCACGAGCGGCCGUCAUCUGGGCCGACACCAUCACACUGCUGUUUGAGGGCAUCGCCCGUCUCGUUGAGAUCCACCAGCCCAUCAUCGAAACGUUCUAUGGUCCCGGCUGGCUGAUGGCCACUGUUGAGUUGCUGCAGGCCACCUGCGACAAGGAAGUGGGUCGUAUUGUGGCCAGUUUCAGCAAGCACCGGCAACUGACGGCCAGGGUGUCGCGGGUCCAUGAGAGUCUCCGGGCGUCUCGCGCGGCCGCUGCCACCGCCGCCGCCUCUUCCCCCGCCUCGGCGCCGGACCCGCGCGAGCUCGACCCGCUGCUCGGGGAGCUCAUCAUCAUGCACGCGCGGGCUGAGCUCUACGUGCGCUUCGUGCGGCGGCGAGUCAUGAGCGACAUCGAGGUGGGCUUCUUCGAUAACGAGCGCGCCGAGAAGGCGGCCAAGCUGGAGAGCAUCAUCAAGGGCAGCGAGCUGAGCCGAUGCAUGCAAGAGCUGGUCGGACACUACAUCUCUCUGGAGAGCUACUACCUGACGGAAUGCAUCAGCAAGGCAGUGAAGCUGGACACGAUCGAAGAGGGCUCCCUCACCUCCAGCAUGAUCGACGACGUGUUCUUCAUCAUUAAGAAGUGCAUUAGGCGCGCGCUCUCCGGCGGCAGCGUGGACGGCACGUGCGCCAUGAUCAACAUCGCCUCCACCCUGCUGGAGACGGAGUUCUCGGCCGUGCUCGAGCGCUACCUGCGCCAGGGCUUCCCGUCCGGCUACCUGGACCUGAGCCAGGCGUACAGCGCGCUGCAGACCAGCCUACAGCAGGGCAAGCUGCACGCGGCUGACACCGACGCCCAGAAGACGCAGUUCCUGACGGCGCUCAACAACGCGCGCGCCAGCCAGGAGUACGUGGCCUCGCUGUGCGCCACACUGCGCCAGGAGGCGACGGCGCAGCUGGGCGGCGCGUCGGCGCACGAGCGCGACAAGCUGUUCUCGUGCCUGGCCAGCCUGGAGGCGGCGUCGUCGCGGUUCGACACGCUGGCCGAGGUCGGCCUGAAGCAGCUGCGCUCCAGCGCCAUCAAACCCCGGGUGAAACCGUGGGCGGACGGCUUCACGGCGGUCAGCCAUGAUAUCACCGAGGACGAGUUCUCGCAGUACGAGGCAGACGACCCGUUCGUGAGUCAGCUGGUGGCGCGGGUGGACGGCCUGCUGGCCUCGUUUCGCGACGCCCUGCUGCCCGCCUCCGGCCAGGCCCUGGUGCGCGCUGUCAUCGAGGAGAUAGCCACGCAGCUCGAGCGCAAUGUGCUUAAGUCCCGGUUCAACAGGCUGGGCGGUCUGCAGUUCGACAAGGAGGUGCGCAGUCUCACCACCUACCUGUCGUCCGUCACCACGUGGUCGGAGCGCGACCGGCUGGCGCGCCUCUCCCAGAUGGCGACGCUGCUCAACCUCGAGCAGGUAUCGGAGAUCGCAGAAUACUGGGGCAGCUCUGCCGCGAUGACGUGGAAGCUGACGCCGGCAGAGGUGCGCAAGGUGAUGCUUCUCCGGGUCGACUUUAAGCCGGAGGAGGUGAAACGACUCAAGCUCUGACUGACGACGGGGCGCCGCCGACUAUGUAGCGUUUUCACAGCCGCCCCUGUUUUUUUUAUCUGUUUCUUUGCCAUCCGUCGCCAUUUUGGUCUCGCCCUUCUUUCCUUUUUGCCUCCAUUGCUCUCUACAUGGCUGCAGCAGCUGCUACUCGGUCUCUGCCUUUCCGACAUUCGCAAUCGUUGAUACGCUCGCGUGCACCGUGUUCUAUUUAUGCGUUGGGGCAAGCUUAGCACGACCGAUCCGACGUGCUGAUAUGUUGAAAUGAGCCGUUGCAAUGAGGGGUUGAGAGGUGGCAUUGUGAUUUGCACUUGUUUCGUGGUAUGUACUUUGAUACUUGCUGGCAAA